GCGCAGUGCGGGUCCCGUCCCGGCGUGGUCCCGCCAUGUCCCCGCGGAACGGCCGCCGCACCGGCGCCCACCGGGCGCACUCGCUGGCCCGGCAGUUAAAGACCAAGCGGCGCCGCCGUGACCUGGACGAGAUCCACGGGGACCUGCAGCCCCAGAACGCUGCCCGGUUGCUGCGGCAAGAGCCGGACCCCGACCUGCCGGGCUGCGGCCAGUUCUACUGCCUGCACUGCGCGCGCUACUUCAUAGACCUGACCAGCAUGAAGGAACACUUCAGGUCCAAGGUGCACAAGAAAAGGCUGAAGCAGCUGCGGGAGGCUCCGUACACGCAGGAGGAGGCCGAGCGCGCUGCUGGGAUGGGCUCCUACAUCCCCCCGAAGAAAGUGGAGGUGCAGACCCAACCCCUGGAGGAGGCUGUUGAGAUGGAGGCAUCCAGCUGAGCGUGGACUGAGGGGCUGGGCAGCUCCAUAAGGGCAUCUUUGUCCUCGGUUUUGUGAGAAAAACACGCCCCAGUGCAGCCUGGCAGCAAAGGCACCGCUCCUCCCAGCAGCCCGGAGCACUAAUGAGGAGCAGGAGCCAGAGGGACCCUGGCUGCCCUCCCUGCGUGUCCUCCUUUUCAGGGAAAGGGCAAGGUGCUUCUUCCCUGAGCGCUGAUGUCACUGUGCACUCAUAUCUUUGCUUUUUAGAGCAGUUUUAGGCCUCUCUCAGAGGUUGAUCUCGGUGAGUCACUCAUUAAAAUAUGUCAACCAACA